CAUCAAACCUCCCUUCUCCCCAGACCCAUCCCCACAAGGCCACGACUUGUGGCUGGCAGGAACAGAUAAUCCCUCUGGACGAGACGAGCAUCCGGGGACACCCAGGCGGCGACCUGCCAAAAUGGCUUCCCCCCUCGCCGUCUUUCGCCCCGCCGGCCAUCUUCCUUGUCGCCGUCGGCCUUACACAUCUCCGAAAUUCCUCCAACCGCGGUCGUCCGCCUCGUCCCACCGCUCCCGCCGGUCGAGGAUUGCGCAGUCUGCGAUCCGCAGCGCCGCUGGAGGCGGAGGCAACGGCAACGGCAACGGCAGGAGGAGAGGGGGCACCGUCGACGUCGUCGCGUUCGCCGCGGUGCUGCACGACGCCAAGACGGCCGACGAUGUCAAGUUCUUGGCCCAGGACUUCCUCGGCGGCGACGAAGAGCACCUGCCAGUACAGGUAUACACCUCACUGAUUCGGGGGCUCGGAAAGAAGCAGCGCAUCGACGCCGCCUUCGCCAUCGUGGAGCAUCUGAAAAGGAGGGGAGGCGGCAGCCUCAACCAGUUCGUGUACAACUGCUUGCUAGGCGCGGUGAAGAACUCUGGGGAAUUCACGAGGAUUGAGGGUGUUCUCGCUGACAUGGAGGAACAGGGGAUUUCCCCAAAUAUAGUGACAUUCAACACUCUCAUGUCCGUUUAUGUUGAGCAAGGCAAGAUCGAGGAGGUAUUCAGGGUGUACCACGAGGACAUUGAGGCCCGUGGGCUGGUGCCGACCGCCGCGACAUACUCGACGCUCAUGUCAGCCUUCAAGAGCGCCGGCGACGCGUUUGCCGCGCUCGACUUCUUUGUUAAGCUCAGGGAGAGGUAUAACAAUGGCGAGCUCAUCGGGAAUCCCGCAGAUUGGGAAGCAGAGUUUGUCAAAUACGAGAAUUUGGCUUUACGCGUAUGUCAUACGGCGAUGCGGCGGGCACUUGCAGGUGCCAACAAUCCCGGUGGUGCCGCAUUGAAGGUUAUUCUUUCCAUGGAUGAAGCUAGAGUGAGGCCGGACAGGAGGUAUUACGAGCGUCUCGUGUGGGCGUGCACGGGAGAGGAGCAUUACACCAUUGCCAAGGAGCUGUACCAGAGAAUCCGUGAGUGCGAUGGGGAGAUCAGUUUGUCAGUGUGCAACCAUCUGAUUUGGCUCAUGGGCAAGGCCAAGAAGUGGUGGGCAGCUCUUGAGAUCUACGAGGAUUUGCUGGAGAAAGGCCCAAAGCCCAACAAUUUGUCGUAUGAGCUCAUAAUGUCACAUUUCAACAUCCUACUCAAUGCUGCCAGGAGACGGGGCAUUUGGAGGUGGGGUGUUAGGCUGCUUGACAAGAUGGAAGAGAAGGGCCUGAAUCCUGGAUGUAGAGAGUGGAACGCUGUACUUCUCGCGUGCUCCAGAGCGGCUGAAACGUCUGCUGCGGUGAAUAUAUUCAAGAGGAUGAUAAAUCAGGGGUUAAAACCAGACGUUGUUUCCUAUGGAGCAUUGCUCAGUGCACUUGAGAAAGGUGGGUUGUAUGAUGAGGCGCUGCGAGUUUGGGAGCACAUGCGCAAAGUCGGUAUUCAUCCUAACCUGCACGCAUACACAAUCUUGGUGUCCAUUUACAUUGGCAAGGGCAACCAUGAUAUGGUAGAUGCUGUUCUUCGGGAUAUGUUGUCCGCAAACAUAGAACCAACUGCUGUAACCUUCAAUGCGAUAAUCAGUGCUUGCGUGAGGAACAGUAAGGGCAGUGCUGCAUUUGAGUGGUUCCAUAAGAUGAAAAUGAAGAGUAUUGAGCCAAAUGAGAUUACAUAUCAGAUGUUGAUUGAAGCUCUUGUACAAGAUGGUAAACCAAAAGUUGCCUAUGAGAUGUACAUUACUGCAUCCAACAAAGGGCUCAACCUUUCUGCAAAAUCAUAUGACACCGUGAUGGAGGCAUGCCAAGAUUAUGGUGCUCUUAUUGAUCUAGCUAGUUUGGGUCUUCGUCCUAUAGUGAAAUUGGAUCCACCAAGAUAAUGAACAAUUUUUUCACCACUUCA